UCGCGCUUCUCGGGGUGGCUCGUGUUGCUUGUGUUCGCUCGGUUCGGCCGCACCAUGUCUCCCUCCCGCGAUAAGUGACGUGAACGCGUCGUGACGCUUUGCUCUUCGACACGUGGCUAUUUACAACGUACGCAGUUCUAUAUAGAUCGUUCCGUUCUUUCGUAGUUCUGUUUUGAUUCACAAAGAAGAAAUUCGAAACGAAACAUGAAGGAAAACGCACAGUUUCCGAGCGGAUCUUGAAGCUGGCAGCGGUCGAGACUCGUGACUUAAAACUAUCCGCCGUCGUUGCGGAUAGUUCGAUAGUUUAACAAGCUUUCGAGAAAAGAAGAGAAGAAAGCUGGCUGCCGAUACUAUCCAACGACGCGCAUCGCGAAGAUCAUCGAAGAUAGCGGAGCACAUUGCAUGACUCGAUCGAGGGUAACACGAUGCGGCAUCGCGUUUCCCGUUGGCAAGCUAUCGCUGAAAGCCAAGAAGAAGAAGGCAUCGAGGCGAGCGGCAGCGGCGGCGUCGUUAGCAGCAGCAACAAGAACGGCAGCACGGCUGCUGAGGAAUGGACAACAACGAUUCUGACAAGCAAAAUCAUCGUCACUAUUAUCAGAACGCUCGUCGGCGUGACGCGCGACGCCGACGACGGCGUCGUCGACUGUCGUCGUCGAUUACUUCCGACGAUCGUCAUCGGAGUCAUCGCGCAGUGAUCCGCAUGUAAGAUUCGGUCGCCGGCUCGUUUGGAUGGAAGACUACAAGGACGACGAAGGCGGCGACGACGACGACGACGCAAGAGAUGCCUGGUAUCGUAGUAUUUCGACGACGUUGGAGCGUCGGCAGCGACGACCUCGUCGUGCCCGGCGCUUUUCUCUUCAUUUUACAUCUCAUAUGGCUGACAGUGUUAGGUAUUCUGCUGGGUAUUCUCGAAUGGAACCGCGGCGAUACCUGUAUUCUUCUUUUAUGGGAGUAUAUGAUCGGGUAUGAGGUUCUCCUUGCGGUAUGUAUGGUGGUGGAAUUCUACAUUUGCUUCCUGGCGAUGAGGGGCAGCAUCCUGGAUACUGCACGAAGAGCGCCGAUGCAAUACAUUCUUUACAUCCGGCUGUUUUUGGUACUAGUGGAGAUCGGAUGGCUAUGCGCGGGUGUUACGUGGUUAAUGCAUUAUUAUCAAACCUGCCUAGUGGACCAAGCUAAAGACGUUAUGUUAGGUUUGGUGAUAUCGAAUUGGUGCUUGCUGGCGUUAAUAAUGGUGACCAUUUGGUGCACGUACGAUGCUGCGGGCAGAUCCUGGGUGAAAAUGAAAAAAUAUCAGCGCAGCAUGAGAGAAGCGGAAUCAAGAGGCGCUCGGUUGCAUUACAAGCGCAGCGGCAGCAGAACUCGAAAUUGGCGACAACGAAAAGUUAUACGUGCCUAUCAGGAUAGCUGGGACAAUAGGUGCAGGCUGCUUUUCUGCUGCAUGGGCAAUUCGGAUCGUAAUCGAAACUCAUUUGCCGACAUUGCUCGGCUGCUGAGUGACUUCUUUCGCGACUUGGACGUAGUGCCGUCGGACGUGGUGGCCGGUUUGGUGUUGCUGAGGAAGUUCCAGAAAAUCGAGCGCGAGCUGAUAGUGAAGCAGCGCAAGAAUGACACGUACGAGUUCCUGUCAGGAGUGCCGGUCACUCCGCGCACCAAGUUUUUGUCCCUGACCGAGGAUGGUGAUCUAGGCCAUUUCCAGCUGGCCAUUCACUAUAUGCACUUCGCCCUCGCCGCCUACGGCUGGCCCAUGUUCCUCGUUGGUCCCUCCACCGAGCUCUGCCACUUGUGCACCAGAUUGCAAUGCUGCUACUGCCUUCCAUGCGGCGCCCGUCACGAGGACGACGUGACGAUCGUUGAGGACAACUGCUGCUGGUGCAAUUACGCCGCCCUGAGAAGGAUGCUCGACUUGGGGGAGAUCGAGGUUGUCUACGCCACCUUCCACGUUGACGUCGGCGAAACGCCGUUUUUCGUCGCGCUCGAUUACACCAAGAGAAAGAUUGUGAUUAGUAUACGUGGAACAAUAAGCAUGAAGGACGUAUUGACGGACUUGAACGCCGAGGGCGAAGUGCUGCCUUUGACGCCGCCGAGGGAGGACUGGCUAGGGCAUAAAGGAAUGGUGCAGGCCGCCGAAUAUAUACGCAAGAAGCUACAGGAAGAAGAUAUCAUUGCGCGCGCUCGCGCCAAGGAUCCUUCCAGAGAUACGCAUCAGUUCGGACUAACACUGGUAGGACACUCGUUGGGCGCCGGCACGGCGGCGAUUCUCGCGAUUCUGCUGAAGCAAGACUAUCCGGAUUUAGUUUGCUUCUCGUUCGGGCCACCCGGUGGACUGUUGAGCAUGCCAGCUCAGCAAUAUACUCAGGAUUUUAUUACCUCCGUGGUGGUGGGUAAGGAUGUCGUGCCGAGGAUCGGACUCCGUCAAAUGGAGAGUCUGAGAGCGGAUCUUAUCAACGCUAUCAAGAGAAGUGUCGAUCCUAAGUGGAAGACAAUAGUGUGUUCGGUAAUGUGUUGCGGAUGCGGUUCGACGCCCACAUCGGCCGCAAAUCUGGAGGCUGGUGGUUGCAUCAGCGAAUAUCAGCGGGAUAAAGACCGAGCACGUGCUCAAACCGUGGUACCCAGCGACUCCAGCAUCGCUCUGACUCUGCACAGGCCCUUGUAUCCGCCAGGACGAAUCAUACACGUGGUGCGACAUCAUCCGAACAAGGGCGAGGAGAAAUAUGAGACGAGUUGGAGGCAAAUAUUGAGAAAACGCGAACCGGUGUAUCAGGCGCUCUGGGCCGGUCCGUGCGACUUCGACGAGGUGUUGAUCAGCCCGGUGAUGAUACAGGAUCACAUGCCGGACAACAUGUUGCGGGCACUGAACAAGGUGGAAAGAAACACAAUCAAAAUAAUAAGUUUUUAAUUCUUCGAGAAUUGCCGCUAUUAGUGAAACAUUUAAUUUUUUGUGACCAACUUAUGACACGUGCUUUUUCUUUUUAAUUUGACAAACAAUGUUUAUACUUCAUAUAUGUACUAAAAGUUGAGCUUCGAGCACAGCCAUUCAUUUUAUAUCAAUGCGUAUCCUGCUUUUUAACGAAGAUUGGCCAUACCGUGUUUUAUUUAAUAGUUCUUUAUCUUUCUCUCUCUUUUUUUCUUCCUCUCCUUUCUCUUUCUCUUCUAUUUGUUACACGCAAAACGACUAAAAUUUUAAAAUAUAAACACGAAAACACAGGUGAUUCUCUGGACGAAGUUACUCUGUGUGCAAAAAUUGGUUCAUAUUCUUGUUAUGAAUUUAGCGCUAAAAUCGGGUAUUUGAUUUUAUAUUCAAUUUUUACAAACUUUCUUUCUCUCUCUCUCGUUAGAAAAUACUCCGCACUUGGAAUGUAUGCGCUUAUGUGUAUACAUAACGAAAAAUUUAACGAUCGUAUAUUUUUAGUCGCUAAAUUCGCGUUCAACAAAACAUAGGUGUCAUAUGUAUAUACAUAUACAUUCAUAUAUAUAUUUUUUUACAACGCUAGCCUGAAAAAUAUGUCGCGAUGUGAAUGGAAAUAGACAGGAAGUUUCACGCUGGUCGUUUUGUGAAUGCACACUUUUUGUUUUGCAACAACUUUGUUAUUAUUAUGUAUAAUUUUGCGAGACAUGUACAUAAAUAUUACUUCGAUCAAUAUACUUUCUGCCACGAAAACGAUGUUGUUCAUUUAUGAAAGAGCUUCCUAAUGGCUUCUUAAUCACUUGCGUAAUUGCUUGGAAACAAAACUGGAAGCAUGAGAUAUAAAAUAGGAUUCGAGAUGUAAAAGCAAAGAGCGACGUGUGGUAAAUUAUCGAACAGAUGCUUUACGAUCUCAACGAAUGUUUGUGCGCAUGCAAUUCAAUUCUUGCAGACUUUUAAGAGUGAAAAUAAAUUUGGAUUGCAAAGAGUUAAUAAAUGUUCGACCACCAUAUUGAUAGUACACGUUCGGUCACUGAGACAUUUUAUUAAAUCCUAUUUCAAUACUGCUGAGUUUUGUUUCUCAAUUUGAGUGUUCUUAUUCUUGUCAUAUUUAUUUCGCCAUUCUGCGAUUUAUUUGCCUAACUAGAGCGUUUGAUUAUUAUUACUUUUACCAUGUACUUUUCUUGCGCUACCGUUUAAUUUUACAGUCUGCUGUCUCAACACUACUCCGGCACGCACGAAGCGUUAAUGCGUAACGCGCACUCGGGCAUUUCACACUCACACAAAAGCGGCGAUGAUUGACUAUCAGUUCGCUUCUAGCCGCGUGUUCUGCGUGUCGGAGCCGCGAAUUUCGCUGUAUGUUCAACAACAAAUAUGUGAUAAGCGAAAAUUAUUUCAUUUCUCAGAGUGAAAUGUAAAACAUUGAAAAAACGACAAAUUUUUAUUCAUCAGGCAAUAAAAAGAUUCCGCGAGCGGUGAAUAUAUGCACGCGCGCAUGAUUAGAUAGAUUUUUUACACGAUAAAAGAAACCUUUGUUUAGCUGAUCCGACUCCUCCAUCGAGGCGAUUCUAAAUAGUCACUGACGGCGUGACCGAUUGUAGUAGGUGGUUCUCAAGAUCUGGAAUAAGUUAAACAAAUCGACAAGAUUGAAGCGCACACAAUCAAUUAUCAAUAAUUAACGGGACGAAAUGUUUGGGACGAUUCACGACACGCCUAACUGUAAAGUUUUGAAUAGAUUUGAGCGCGCGAAACUUAGAGGCAUGUCUCUUUCGAGUGCUUAUAUAUGUUGAGAAUUUGUCGCGAAAAUUCGAUCAGACUGACGAAAAAAAACACAAGCGAUAAGAUAAGAAACGUAACGGGUGGCUGAUGAGGGUGGCUGCGGUGUGGAUUAGGUAGUGGCGUGCAAAGAUCGGGGAAGCUGCGCGGAAGCGGGAGCAGCGACGGUAAUGGA